GUAGUGACGUGUCCCGCCAGGUUGCAGCUGCGUGAGCCUCUGACAGAGCAGCGCAUCAUCAGCUCAUUAAAGCCACAUAAAGGCUUAAAGCUGCGGCGGGCGAAAUGUGAGGAACGUUCCAGAGAAGCGGAUCCUGCAGGAAGCAGCCAUGAGCAGCCCACGUGACCUGCACUUCCAGGAGUUUGAGGAAGCAGCAGAUCUUCUGUCUGCGGACCCCGGGGCCUCCACGCUCAGCGCGUCUGCAUCCAACGACCCAACCACUGCAGCCGGACCGGCAGCGGGGGAGGACAUCAAACUGGACCUGUCUGAGGACGAGGACGCUCGGGAGGAGAGUUCAGAGCUUCUAGGAGGACAGAGAUCAGGUGGAGGAUUCUGGACCUUUGAGUACUACCAGUCCUUCUUCAACGUGGACACGGUUCAGGUUCUGGACAGGGUGAAGGGCUCGGUGCUGCCUCUGCCUGGAAGGAACUUUGUCAAACAUUACUUGAGGAACAACCCAGACCUGUACGGUCCGUUCUGGAUCUGUGUGACUCUGGUGUUCUCAGUAGCCAUCAGUGGGAACCUGUCGUCCUUCCUCAGAGAGGCUGGCGGCGCCACGGGGCCCCACAGGCCCCAGUUCCACAGAGUGACCAUAGCGGCGCUGGUGAUCUUCCUGUACGCCUGGCUGGUUCCGGUGGCUCUGUGGGGGUUCCUGACCUGGAGGCGGGCCUCUGAGAGGCAGCAUGGAGGCUACUCCUUCCUGGAGACCGUGUGUGUCUACGGCUACUCCCUGUUCAUCUACAUCCCCACAUCGAUCUUGUGGAUCCUACCAUACGAGUGGCUGCAGUGGACGCUGGCCGUGGUUGCCAUGGUGAUCUCUGGCUCGGUUCUGGCCCUCACCUUCUGGCCCGUCGUCAGGGACGACAGCAGAGCGACGGCGGUGGCCACGGUGGCGACCAUGAUGGUGCUGCACACUCUGCUGGCUGUCGGCUGUAAGCUGUACUUUUUUCAGACAGACGUCCCCCCCCCUCCAGCCUCCACCGCUGCCCCCCCGCUCCACACCACCUUGGUGGCCCAGCCCCAGUGAGCGGUUCUGCUGCCGGCCCAGGAGGACCGGUCCAGCCGCGUUCGGGUCGCCUGGUUCUGAUUCGGACCUCCUGUCUCCUCAGCAGCUGAAUGUUGGGGUUGGACCUGCUGGUUCUGGUUCUGGUUCAGCCCAACUUCUACUUCCUGACUUUCCAAACUGUGAAGGUUUAGAUCUAUUUAUUAAUUUCCUCUGAUAUCGACUCUUCAGUUUAACUUUCAGGGUUUUUCUGUUUUAUUUAUUCUUGUUUCUCUGAAUAAUUUGGUCUCAUUCAUAAAUAAUGUGAAGAAAGUCGAGGUUUCUGAUCUACUUUAACAGAUCUAACACAGACUGAACCAAUCUGACACAGAUUUCUAUGUUUGCUUAGAGGUACGGAGCACAGAGUAACUCAUAGCUGCUCCCUGCUGCUCAGCUGGCUGAAAUGAAGCCGUGUUCAGAAACAGUAGAAGCUGCAGAGAGCAGCUGGUUGAUGAUCCAGAUGUGAAAAGGUUGAAUGUUCUGAACUAAAACCUCGUUAAUUUAAAACCAUCAAUAAAUAAUGAAUCAGUGAAUCGUU